AACAACCCGGUCGCCAUGAGCCAGCUCGGGACCGUUUAUGCUACCAAACGGAGACGCCGGAACGGAAAAAGUUUAAAACCACCGCAAAAGGAUGGCGUGACGAAGUCGAACCCCAGCAAACGACACCGGGAACGACUGAACGCCGAAUUAGACACGCUGGCGUCGUUACUUCCGUUCGAGCAGAACAUACUCAGCAAACUGGACCGGCUCAGCAUCCUCAGACUCAGCGUCAGUUACCUCCGAACGAAAAGCUAUUUCCAAGUGGUGAUGCACAAAGACAAGGAGGAGAACUCGCACCACGAUUCCCACUACAGGGCGAGGGAGCUGGCCGCGUUCGCGGCGUACGAUCAUCAUCAUCUCGACGGCGAAAUGUUCCUUCAGGCGCUAAACGGGUUCCUGCUCAUCCUCACUUGCGACGGGGAGGUGUUCUUCGCUACUCACAGCAUAGAAAGUUACCUUGGCUUCCAUCAGUCCGACAUCGUGCACCAAAGUGUCUACGAGCUGGUACACAGCGAAGAUCGAGAAGAAUUGCAAAGACAGUUGAUGUGGAACUCUUUUCUACCAGCGGAGAGCGCGAGCCUGCCCCUUCACGACGCCCUUUCACCCCAGCACAGUCAUCUUCUGGAACGCAGUUUCACCGUCCGCUUCCGGUGUCUGUUGGACAAUACAUCUGGCUUUUUGCGUUUGGACAUCAGGGGACGGGUCAAGAUUCUCCACGGCCAAAACAGGAAAACGGAGGAGCCGCCGCUGGCUCUGUUCGCCCUCUGCACACCGUUCGGACCGCCGUCCCUGCUCGAGGUCCCGCAAAAGGACGUGAUGUUCAAGAGCAAACACAAGCUGGAUCUCGCACUAGUCUCCAUGGAUCAGCGAGGGAAGAUGCUGCUGGGAUACUCUGACGCUGAGCUCGCGAACCUCGGUGGAUACGAUCUAGUCCAUUACGACGACUUGGCUUACGUCGCGAGCGCCCAUCAAGAACUGCUGAAGACUGGAGCUUCGGGAAUGAUAGCGUACAGAUUCCAGAAGAAGGACGGCGGGUGGCAAUGGUUGCAGACUAGUUCUAGAUUGGUCUACAAAAAUUCGAAGCCUGACUUCGUCAUCAGCACACACAGACCGCUCAUGGAAGAAGAAGGCAGGGAUCUCUUAGGGAAGCGAACGAUGGACUUCAAAGUGAGCUACUUGGACGCCGGAUUGACCAACAGCUAUUUUUCUGAUAGCGACAGCCUGACCGGAUCCGUGAUGACGCCGACGCUUCCGACCCAGCCGACGUCUCAACGAGUGAACAGGCGGUACAAGACGCAGUUAAGGGACUUCCUGUCGACCUGUCGGAACAAACGUACCAAACUUUCCGCGCAAUCGUCGGUCUCGCCGCCGGUCACGCCCACGGUGCCGUCCGUGGACUAUCUCGCGGCGGACACGAGCGCCGCGGCCGCGGUCGCAGCCGCGUACAGCAACUUGAACACGAUGUACCCGACCCCGUAUGCGCCUACAGCUGUCGCGGCCAGCACUGAUCCCUCGUUGACAACGUACAUUGGCCACACGGGCAAUUAUCAUCAGACUCUAUAUCCGGCAACCGCGUUGGACAAUAGGUACUUAACCGCUGCGACGGAGAAUCUGUUCCAAUACAGGCCCCUAGGCUCCUACUACCCAGAAUACCACACGGGUACCGCGUACAACGGCUUCAUCGACGUCUCCCUGCCCACCUACGAGACGCACCAACUGACCAGCAAAGCGGAGGACAAGCUGUACUGUCAGCAGCUAGGCGAGUCACCGAAGUACAGCUACGUCGAGACGAGACACCCCAGCAGCGUCAGCGGAUCCCCGUACGCGGCGAGUCCAGUCGCGAGCGCGUCCACGAUGCACACAGCUACCACGGACAUCAACAUCGUCCGAGCCGGUAGCAGACACUCUUUAGAGGGUGGAGCGUCGUCCAGCAAUUCCGCUGGGAGCUCACCGGUGACCGGACCAACGAACGGCGUGCUCACCCCUAAAAUAGAGGACGUGAAGCCGGAAGUGUACGGGAACGAGGCACCUAGGCAGACUGUCCUGAUGUGGGGCGCGCCUCCUUCGCGCACACCACCGAGGAACAAUGGUAGCUACAGCCCGCCGACGCCGCAUUCGACCCACUCGUCCACCCACUCCACGAACGCGCCUGCUGGUGAUCCCCUAAAGUCCCUAGCAGAGAUGAACUCCAUAAACGGAGAGUGCAAAUGGAGGCAACCUUCGCCUAGCGAGCCGCAGACCACUGCGCCCAGUUCGCCUAGGACUAAGACGCAACCUCAACAUCAGCAUCACCAACAACAACAGCAGCAGCAACAGCAACAACAGCAGCAGCAGCAGCAACAACAGCAACAGCAGCAACAACAUCAGCAGUACCCGGUGACCACGUCACAGUAUCAAGCAGCAGCGGCAGCCGCGGCUGCAGCCGCAGCUGCAGCAGCCAGCACUAUCGGAUACGCGCACUCUCAUCCGGGCCAUGGGCACGGGGAAGCGGGCUCCGAGCACGCCCCCGUCAGCUGUGGGAACGGGGACGGGAGUCGGCAUGGGCAUCGGCCAGGACAGCAACACCAACAACAGCAACGUCUUGUACCACCCACAGCACCACCACCCCCAGCACCAGCACGUAGUGGGAUCAUCAGCGGGGGGAAUGGGCCCAACUGUCCCACAGAUACCAAACCGGACGCCGGGAGUCCUUUGCUGUCCAUCUCUGAGGUGACUAACACCCUGCUCAACCAAUAG